GCGGGUGGGCGGGGCCCCGGGGUUCUAGCAGCUUCCAGAAGGCGGCGCGGUAGCGGCGGGAGCGGAGCGGGGCCGACAUGGAGGAGGCGCAGGCGCUGAAGGAGCGGGGGAACCGGGCGCUGGCGGCGGGGGACGUGGCGGCCGCCGUGCGCCAUUACUCGGCCGCCAUCGCGCUGGACGCCACCAACCACGUCCUGUUCAGCAACCGCUCGGCGGCCUACGCCAAGCAGGGCGAGUACGGGCGGGCCCUGGCCGAUGCCUGCCGCACCCUGGAGCUGCGCCCGGACUGGGCCAAGGGUUACUCGCGCAAGGCCGCGGCGCUGGAGUUCCUGCAGCGGCUGGAGGAGGCCAAGGCCGCCUACGAGGAGGGGCUGCGGCACGAGCCCGGCAACGCCCAGCUCCGGGACGGGCUGCGGGGGGUGGAGGCGCGGCUGGCGGAGCGGAAGCUGCUGAACCCCUUCAGCGCCCCGGACCUGCUGGGCCGGCUCGAGGGGGACCCGCGGACGCGCGCGCUGCUGCGGGACCCCGAAUACCGCCAGCUGCUGGAGCAGCUGCGCAGCGACCCCGCCAUGCUCGGCUCGUACGGAGCGGGGGGCGCGAUUGGGGGGCACGGGGUCGG